ACAAACCAGCUCACAGCGAACACAGCAUUGACAGAAAAGGCAUUUAACGAGGUUUCAUGGCAUUUUAAACUGUUCUAAAUGGCGUAUGAUUAUGUAAAUAGUCUUUCCAGUGAGGCUAGGUUAAGAUACGAGUUAAAAUGUUCUGUAGUUGGAUUAAACGACUGCCCUUACCGCCUUCCAGCAGAUGCGUGGACUGAUAAUCCUACACAAUGGCCGGACAUGGAAUUUGGAAAUCUUUAUGUCUACCUCACAAGCGCACCAGGUGGAAUGCACUCCCAACAGGUGUAAAAGAAAGGGCAUCUCUAUCCUCCUUCAAAACCGCACUAAAAGAACACCGCCAGGCAACUUCAACCCUAAACUAACACCCUCCCCGGAUUGUUAAUACCGGUAAUCAAAUGACGUGCAGGAUGAAGGUGAAGGUGAAGAAAUGGAACGGAGUCGCGUCCUGGUUGUGGGUGGCUAAUGAUGAGAACUGUGGUAUCUGCAGACUGGCCUUUAAUGGCUGCUGUCCUGAAUGUAAGGUACCCGGGGACGACUGUCCGUUGGUCUGGGGUCAGUGUUCCCACUGUUUUCACAUGCACUGCAUCUUGAAGUGGCUCAACUCUCAGCAGGUCCAGCAGCAGUGUCCCAUGUGCAGGCAGGAGUGGAAGUUUAAAGAAUGAACUCACCUGAUUGUUGGUAUGAUUGUAAAUAAGCUUUUUUUCAUACCUGUACUUGACACAACUGAAAUGAAGCGGACGUCUAAGGCAUUGGUGUACAGUUCAUUUGAAAAAUAAGUUAUCGGAGCCAAAUAUGUGUAUGUACUGUACAGUAGAGGGCGCUGCAGGCUGGGGCAAAUAAGCCAUUGGUCAACACAGGUGGUUGUCAGUUGUUGACCUGGCAAGUUUGAACUGAAUUUGGCAAAUUAUGGAGUUUUUUGACUUGCUGGAGCCAAAUAAAUUGUUGACGUUUCAUCAAA